AUGAACAAUUUAGGGGGUCAAGAUGAAAAGAGAGGAGGCCGAAGCUAUCCUAAUUGGCUAGUGGAAGGAUUUCGCAAUGCCUUUGAUCAGUGCGGGUUGGUUGAUUUAAGCUUGGAAGGUUAUCCGUUUACUUGGGAGAAAGGCAAAGGCUCUAGUCAUUGGGUAGAGGAAAGGUUAGAUAAAGCUUUAGUUUCUCAUUCUUGGCUUCAGUUAUUUCCUUUGGAAAAGUUGUAUAAUGUAGAGAUUUCAACAUCGGACCAUUGUCCGAUUCUUCUAACACCUGAAGCGUAUUCUUCUGGGUUGCAUAAUCGAUCGUUCCGUUUUGAGAACACUUGGUUACGUGAGCCUAUGUGUAAAGAGGUUGUUCGGAGUAGCUGGGAAGUAAUGAGUGGGAGUGGUUUAGUUGAUAAAAUUCAAAGUUGUGGUGAGGCUUUGGAAGCUUGGGGGAAGGAGUUUACCGGGAACUUUAAAGACCGAAUAAGCCAAUGCAAAAUGGUUAUUCGAAGAUUGAAGAAGAGAAGGGAUGAGGAUUCGGUCAAGCUUCAUAAGGAGAAGCAAGAGGAGUUGUUUGAAAUUUUAACGCAAAGAGAAAUCUAUUGGAAGCAAAGAUCGAAGCAGUUUUGGCUUCGCUCUGGGGAUACAAAUAGCAAAUAUUUUCAUAGCCUUGCUAGCUCGAGGAAGAGGCAAAAUCACAUUCAGCGACUCUAA